AUGCAUCCAAUCGUUUCAGUUGAUCCCGCAGAGAAACUUCUGUUUUCGCCGUCUCCUGCUUUUCGCACCAUGCCUGAUCCUAGCGCAACCAAACGACCAGUCAAGUUGACCUUCAAGCCCGCGCCAGAGCCCAGCUCUCAUACUCACUGUCCCAAGCCCAGCUCUGAACUAAAAUUCGUGCUACCCGGGACCAAGCCAGAACCUGAGGAAGUGCUGGUUGAUACGACUGCUACUCCGCAACCUUUUCUCGACCCAGAAAUUCUUACGAAAUCGUUUUGA